GUAUUUUACGAAGUUCAAAAAUGCUGAUCAACAUUACAGAUUUUCGUUGGUGUGAAAAUCUUUCAGACAUAGACUUAAUUGUACCACUACAUGGUAUAAGUGCAUCAAAUGUAGACACACUUAUUACAAGUCAAUAUGUUAAAGUUGUUACCAAACAGUACAUUUUUGAAUGUGCGUUGUACAAACCGAUCAAUGUUGAAGAAAGUACUUUGAAACUAACAGAUGGUGCGGCUGAGUUUAACCUCAAGAAAUCUAGUGCUGAACUAUGGCAUCAAUUGACAUUGGAUGACAUGAGUAAUUUUGUAGAUAUAUUUUAUUUUGUUACUAUACUUUUUACUAAUUAAGAAUUAAGAUGCUUAAUAUUUAUAGAUUAAUUAACACUUCAGAGGACAGAAAACGUUUGUUACAGAUUAAACAAAAUGCCAUACUUGAACAUCAAGAACGCGAAAUGAAACGCGCUAAAGCAACCAAAGACAUGAAUGUAAGGGGUGAAAAAUACGGAUUGGAACAGGUUAUGGAAUUAGAGAAUGUGUCUCGUGAAAAAAUUAGACUUGAAAAAGAGCGCGCUAGCAAGCAAGCAAUAAGCGAGUUUGUAAAUGCUUUUAACCAAUCUAGCCAAAAAGAAAAUGAGCUGCAAAAUGAAAUUACAGAAGCCCGAAGAUUUGCUAAACAAUAUAUAACAGAAACCAUUAAUGAAGAAAACAACAUGGAAUUAAAUAAGAAUAUCCAACAACGUUUAGCAUUUGUUGAGAAACCAAUAGAUUUGCCAGUGAGGACUUCAUCUACAAUCGAAGUUAAAUUUACACCUAGAGUAUUUCCUACACCUGAACGCGAGUCUACAAAACAAGCUGAGGAUGAGUGGCUAAAUAAACAAGCCGAAUGUAGAAGGAAACUAUUGGACCGUGUUGUACCUGGUGAUUUGUCCAGGAAUGAACUAGAUCCUAUAUGGUUACGCAAAAAAGGAGAUUCAUUAUUUCAAGCUGGAGAUUAUGAAGCUGCUGUCAUUGCUUAUACAGAAGCUAUAACACAAAAUCCUAAAUUACAUUCGGCUUAUUCAAAUAGAGCUGCAUGUCACUUACAAUUGCGGAAUUAUUUUAAGGCUCUGGAAGAUAGUUCGAUGGUACUAGAUCUUUGUGUACCGCCUGUGGCGCAAAAUUUAAAAUCACGUGUGCGUGCACAUAUUAGGCGUGGAGCAGCAUUUUGUAAUCUACAAUUGUACAAAGAAGGGCUUAUCGAAUACAGAGCUGCACAAAAACUUCAACCAGAUGAUGACACAAUUAGAAAGGACAUUGAAAAUUUAGAAAAAUUUGUAAAUCAAGAAUAAUUAAUAUAUUGCGAAGCUACUUAGGCUCAUUUCUACAUUAAAUUUUUGUUGUGACUUUGUCUCAGGGAUAAAUCAGGUUGAGUAUAGACAUCCAUUUACUUUUUUCUAAGUUGCUGUAAAUGAUAAGUAUAAAAUUUACAAUUUUGGUCAUACCCCUUUAACUUUUCCAUUUAUCACAUUCUGGAGUCUAUUCCACCUUAAAUGCUUUUUGUUUAUGUAAGACUCUCAGGCAAAAAAUAUUUUUCGGUUCCGUAAUUUUCCAUAAGCCACAUAAAUUGUAACCAUGAAAUGUGCUUUGGACCAUGCGAUUAUAAUUAAUUUUACAAGAUUAUUGAAAGCCUGUGUACAUACCUACCCUUGGGGCUGAACCGUUAGGUUAGAAAUAUGUGAUUGUGUGACAUGUUAGACCGAACCAAACUUUAUAUGGCGAAACGCAGAAUAUUGUUGUCUACAUCAAAUGGUAUUUAAUAUUAGUAUCUACAAGUAGCACUGAGGGAGAAAUGAUGUAUAUAUAUAAUGCAUCUAGAAAUAUGUUUUGCGAAGUAAUAUUUAAACAUAUCAUGGCACCGAAAACAAGAAUUCUAUCAGAAUGAUAUUUUCUACUACAAUAGUGGAUGGAAAAUCUGCCUGUUUUAAAUAAAACAAGAAGAAAAUGGAGUUAAAGUAAUGUAUGAAAUUGGGAAAUCAAAACGGAAUUCGACUAAAUACAGCAAAAAUUCUAGAAAUUAGUUACAUAGUUUAGACUAAUUUGUUCGAUUUGUAGAUAGGUUUCACCAUGAAAUGAUAUUAUUUGGAAAAUAAUUGAAAACCAGUGAGCCGUAGAUAGUUAUUUACUUUGUCUUGGACCUCUCAGUAGUGUACAAUAAAGUUGAACAUACACCUAGUUUCGCGUUUGAACAUCAUAUUGUUACACCUCUGAAUGAUUCACAUUUUCCCUCUUUAGUGGUACUUGUGAAUGUGUUCACUUUUAAUUUUAGUAGUCCCAUAGGUCAUCAAUUUCCUUUAGUACUCUGACGAGAUCAUUACAAUUCUGGUCACCAGUGUCCCAACAUCGAACUGAA